ACGAUCUGGUGACCACUGUAACGCACUCAUCUCACGACUUACCCGUUCUCCGCACUUCCCAACUUACUCGUACACUAAUGGAACGCAUGCUUGAGAGCUUCAUGGGUGGUGGUGGCGGCCAGGAGCAUCAGCGACGCGAGGAGCACCAUGGCCACCAUGGACACCACGGCCAUAACGAAGAGCGGCGCUUCGAGGAGGAGCGGCGCUAUGAGGAUCGCCGCGAGGACGAGCGGCGAUAUGAGGGUGGGGGUGGCUAUGGCGGAGGCCCGAUGGGCGGAUGGGGCGGGUAUGAGGAGUUCCGGCCGUUCGACGAGCAGGGUGCACGGGCGCACUACGAGCAGGUCUAUCUCGCGGAGCACCAGCACAAGUCGAGCCUCACGCACGAAGUGAUCGCCGGUGCAGCAGGCUUUGCUGCGAUGCACGCGUAUGAGGCGCAUCUCCGCGCCACGGGUCAGCCUGUGACUCACGGGAAGAUGAAGGAAAUCCUCGCGGCCAUCGCUGCCGCGGAGGUCGACAAGCUCGCCGAGACCAAGGGCAUGGACUACCUCGACCGCCAAAAGGCGAAGAAGUACGCGGAGCACCAGGCGCACAUGCUCGCCGAGCAGCGCUACGGCCAGGGCAACACGGGCUGGGAGCACGCCCAGCGCAACGGCGGCCCGCGGCAGGAAUACAACUUCUACGGCGGCGCGCCUUUCGGCGCGCAGGGCUGCGCGAAUUACGGCUGGCAGGGACAGGGUGGAUACGGCGGUGGAUACGGUGGCGGUGGCCCGGAAUACGGCCGCGGGGAGGGAUACCGUCGGGAAGAGGGCUAUGGUCGUGGGGAAGGAUAUGGCCGGGAAGAAGGGUAUCGCCGCGAGGAAGGGUACGGCCGCCGCGAGGGGGAGUACGGCCGCCGCGACGAGGGCUACGAACGCCGUGGGGAGGGCUAUGAACGCCGUGAUGACGGCUACGGCCGCCGCGAGGAAGGCUACGGGGGCGGAUACAACGCACCAGGCUACAAUCCCGGAUACAACAACGGUUACUGAGUCAGCUCGUCCCAGUAAACUUGUGAUCGACGAGGCCAUAUUGUACAUUUACUUCCUAUUGCUAGCCCAAUUGCAAAUCGUUUCUGAUCGACCGUCAAGCAGUGUUGAUUGUGA